AUGAGACAUGCGUUUUCUUUUCUACUGGCCUUCCACCCUGUGCACACCAAGAGACAAACGAAUAGUUUUCUAUCCCCAGGAGUCAUGCUAUCGCUUCGUGUUCCUCUCCUGGCCAUAUUGGUCGGCAUGGCUGUUUGCCAAUAUUAUGAUUAUGAAUACCAGCCUGCUGCACAAGUUGAGCCUCCCAGUCCCAAGUGUAACCAAGAAUGUGAUUGUCCUACAAACUUCCGCAGUGCCAUGUACUGUGACAGCCGCAACCUAAAGUUUGUUCCGAUAGUUCCAACAGGGAUUCAAUACUUGUACCUUCAAAACAACGGAAUCGAAGAAAUAAAGGCAGGAGUCUUUGAUAAUGUCACAGACACCCUGCGUUGGCUGAUACUGGACAAUAACAACCUAACUAAUUCUAAAAUAGAGAAGGGAACUAUUGAUAAGCUUACAGCUCUGGAGAAGCUGUUCUUUAACCACAAUCAAAUCACUGAACCCAUCAUUCCUCCCUCAAAAUCUCUGGAUGAGCUGAAGAUGAUGCAUAACAAGCUGACCAAAUUUCCAAGUGGACUUUUGACAGACAAGGAGAAUUUGACAUCAGUAAACCUUCAGCACAAUGAGCUCACCUCAGAAGGUAUUUCAGGAGCAUUUAAAGGAGCAAAGAAGCUGCUGUCCAUUGAUGUGAGCCACAAUAAGCUGAGGAAACUUCCUGCCGGAGUGCCCAGUUCACUGGAAAUGCUCUACGCUGACUACAAUGAGAUUGACAGUGUUGGAGCAGGGUACCUCAACAAGCUGCCUUCUCUGCAGUAUCUGCGGUUGUCCCACAAUAAGCUCCAGGACUCAGGCCUUCCCGCUGGAGUCUUCAACGUCACAUCUCUGGUGGAACUGGACCUGUCCUUCAACAAACUGCAGUCCAUUCCUGAGAUCAACGAGGGCCUGGAGCAGCUGUAUCUGCAGGCAAAUGAGAUCAACAAGUUUGACUUGACCAGCUUUUGCAAGCAUGUGUCUCCCCUUAACUAUUCACGUCUGAAGCAUCUGCGCCUGGAUGCUAACAACAUCACCCACGGCAACAUGCCCCCAGAGUCCUCCAACUGUCUGCGCCAGGCCUCCGACAUCAUGUUUGAGUGA